AUGUCGACUAUGGGGUUCUUUAGAAUUCUCUUUCUCCUGCUCCAAUUUUCCGCUCUUGGAGUGUCUUGCCAAGAAACUGCCGAAGAUUUUCUGUCUCUGGGAGACACGGCCCUUUCACAAGACGAGAAUGCCAAGGCCAUUCCCUAUUAUCAAGAAGGAAUCAAGCGAAUAGAUCCCGAGGAAGACUCUCUCUUGAUCAUCUUAUCACUUCAUACCAACCAUGGAUCUGCCUUGUCAUCCAUCGGCAAAGACCAGGAAGCAGCCGAACAAUAUCAACACGCCUUGACCCACUAUGCCAAUGAAAUCGAUGAUAUCGUUGAAGAAUCCUUCAAACGAGACGCCACCGAAAUUGCCGCUCAAGCAUCCUUCUUUUUGGGAAUGGUCUAUCAGGACUUGAAACAAUUUCACGAUGCCGUAGAAGCCUACUCCUAUGCUCAUGUGUUAGAUCCCAAUCAUUGGGCCAGUGUGGCAAAUUUGGCGGCCGUCUACCACGACAGUCUAUCGGCCCAUCAAAAGGCAUUGGCGGCCUAUCAAACCGCCUACGAAAUUCUCACCGACACGCAACGAACUCCCACCGAUGCACCCGAAGAACCACGCUACAUCUUGUCGCAAUUGCAGUAUCGCAUUGGACUUUGCAUAUCCCAUGAUUUGUCACCCAACAAAAAAUGCGCCAUGGACAAUGAUCCCGAUACACCCGUAUCCUGCAAAGAACUAGCCACCAAUGCGUUUGCGCGAGCAUUGGAAUACGAUCCCGACAAUGAACCUUCCAAACACAUGCUGGCUACCAUCACUGCCGAUGCCACCAUGAGUCGGGCUUCCAAUACAUACAUCAAGUCACUCUUUGACGAUUAUGCCGAAAACUUUGAACAUUCAUUGGUACAAGAACUAGGAUACACGGGAUACGAACGACUGCGGAGAGUCUUUGAUCGGGCAUUUCAACCAGAGGACCCUCCCAUGUUCCAGAAAGUGGUGGAUGCUGGAUGUGGAACUGGGCUGGUUGGAGAACAGUUUCGUAAUGUCAGCAAGCACCUGAUCGGAGUCGACUUGAGUGAAGCAAUUAUUGUGGAAGCACAAAAGGCACGGCCCAACUUGUACGAUGAAGUGCGGGUGGGAGAUGUCACGGAGGUAUUCAGGGCUGAAGCACCCCUUUCCAUGAUUGUCGCGGCUGAUUCCUACAUUUACUUUGGGGAUCUAGACCCGCUCUUUGGAUCCAUGAAGGAUGGUCUCGCCAGUGGCGGAUAUGCAGCGUUUACGCUUGAGAAUGUCUCGCAAGAUAGCGAGGAGAGUCUGACCGAGUCUAAACCAGAUUGGAGAUGGCAACUAACGGCGUCCGGACGAUUUGCGCACCGGAAAGAAUACGUCAUGGAAGUUGGGAAACGCCACAAUCUGCAUGUAAAACACUACGAACCAUUGCAUGGAUUCCGAUACGAAAGAGGUGAAGCGGUGCGAGGACAUGCAUUUAUCAUGGUAAAGGGAGAAGAUGGCCACGAUGAGUUGUAG